UCUGUGUGGUAAUGCUAGUGUUGGGGGAAGGGGCGUCACCAUCUGUUCUUAAUUCCCUAGUCAUUGGAUUAGUAGCCCUUAGUGAUGAGAUCAGCAGGAUCAGCUUUCCCGAUGGGUCACUGCACUCGCUUCAGCUGCAGGCUCUUCCCAUCUGGGCUGCCUCUCUGGAGGGGAGACACAGAAUGAGGAAUCCAAGGCAUGAAGUAAAUUAGCCUUUGAAGGAGCAACAAAACCAGGUCUGCAAAGGGCAGGAGGACGGUGUUCAGAGGCCAGUUUUCUUCUGUGGGGAGUGAUGGUACCUUUUCUGCGGGAGCAGUCGUGAAAUGUUUCCUGGCUAUUACUGGGUUGCUUCGAUUUUCUAUUACAAGCUUGUAUCCUACUGAGUAAGGAAGUGUUUUUUUUCCCCGUCUUUCCGCUGGCUUGUAUGUUUGGCGCCUCAGCACACACCACACAGAUGUGGCUCUCCAACACAUCGUUAAGCAGCCUUUGACAAUAUUUUUGCUUUUAAACCUGCCUCUUCGGGAGGAUUUGCUCAUGCUAAACUACGGCUGCCAGAGUUUGGAAGCUUAGCUUGGUUGCCGUUCAAGAGGAAAAUAUUGUUUAAGGAAGUACUUUUGCGAGUCACAGCUCCCUUUUCUGUUUUGUUUGUUUACUUGUGGUUCGACCUUUCCCUCUGGAAUUUUGUAUUCUCAUAACGGACCAGCCUAAGAGGAGCUUUAGUAUUUUUAUGGAGUGUGUUUUCUCUGAAACCAUUGCUGCUAAAGGGCUCCAAACAGGAGAAAUAAAUCCAGUCUGCUUAUCGAGUCCCUGGCUCAGCGUGCAAGUGCUUUCAUGAGGUAACAUUGGGCCAAAGUCAAGCUUUCUUUCUCCUUUCUGAAUCUGCAGCCAAGAAAUGGGCCAGAAAAUCUCAGGGAGCAUAAAGUCUGUGGAUGUGAGGGAGCCCCCUUAUAGACCUGUUAAACGAGAGCUGAGGGGACCAGAUUUUUGCAAGCCUGCUCGACUGGACAUGCUGCUGGAUAUGCCCCCUUCCCAACUGGAGGUCCAGUAUAAACAUGCUUGGAACAAUGAAGAUCGAUCUUUAAAUAUAUUUGUAAAGGAAGAUGACAAACUAACUUUUCAUAGGCACCCAGUUGCCCAAAGCACCGAUUGCAUCCGGGGCAAAGUUGGCUACACAAGAGGCCUACAUGUCUGGCAAAUUCAUUGGCCCACUAGGCAACGAGGAACACAUGCUGUGGUGGGUGUAUCAACAGCAGAAGCUCCAUUACAUUCUGUAGGAUAUACAUCAUUGGUUGGUAGCAAUAGUGAAUCAUGGGGCUGGGAUCUGGGACGUAACAAACUUUAUCACAAUUGUAAAAACCAACCUGGGGUGACGUAUCCUGUAUUUUUGGAACCAGAUGAGUCUUUUGUACUCCCAGACUCCUUAUUGGUAGUUUUGGAUAUGGAUGAAGGAACACUUAGUUUCAUUGUAGAUGGACAGUAUCUUGGAGUGGCCUUCCGAGGACUGAAAGGGAAAAAACUUUACCCUGUAGUCAGUGCAGUUUGGGGGCACUGUGAAAUUACAAUGAGAUACAUCAAUGGACUUGAUCCGGAACCCCUGCCUUUAAUGGACUUGUGCCGAAGAUCAAUUCGAUUUGCUCUUGGCAGAGAUCGCCUGCAUGACAUAGAAUCUCUACCUUUGCCCCAGUCUCUGAAAAAUUAUUUACAGUAUCAAUAAGAAGUCUUAGAAUCCUUUUUCUGGCCUCACGUUGGACUAAAUCAAUGCAAAUGGCAGAAAUUAUUGUUUACAUCAAAAUAGAAAUCUUUGUGGUGGACACUUGAGAGUUAUUUAAGUUUUAAUGUAUGUAUUUUUUUUCUGAAUCAACUGAAGCAGAACAAACGGGGGAAUACUAAAGUAUGCAAAAAACAUCAAUUUGAUCUAGAUUCACAGAUUAUCUGUUGCCUGUAGGACAGUACCCAGGACUGAAUUCUCCCAGUCAGAUCCUUAGCUGGCACUUAUUGGCGUAGCUCCAUUGACUUCUGGUAGACACCAGCUAAAAAUCUGGCCCCCAAGAGUUAUCCUUAUGCAGAAUAGCAUCCUUUGAAUAAUGUGGUUACUAGUGAUAGAAAUAACAGUGUGUUAAGUUCACAAUAAUGUCUAAAUUUUAAGAUUUGAUGUUCAGAGGUGCUGAGUAAUCACAGUUAAUCUGGAGUCUUGAAUACUUAUCCCUUAAUUUGUUAGAGGACCUAUGUUGUCUAAAAUAUAUGAAAUAAGUCAUUAUAUAGAACACCAUUGCUGGAUUUAAAGAUACAUGAGAAAAGUUGUUCCUGAACAGUGGAAGAUCAACUAAAUUGGCUAUGGUAAUAAAGUCAAUGCAGUCCAAUGUUUUCAAGGCCAAAUCUCAUUCCUCCAAAGUUUUGCAUAGUUUAUAACAACAAGAGCUGUUCACUAUCUUGAGAUUUUAGGAUAUUCACAUUUUAAGAAGCCUGUCACUUUUUUUAUUUGAACAGAUGUAUUAUUUUUUUGUUAUACCAACUCUAAAUACUUCUGCUCUCUUUUUAAUGUAUGUGUGAUAUGUUGUUUAUUUAUCUGUUUAAUGUCUGUGGAGUCCUCAUUUAACUGUUUUCAUCUUGGAAGGACUGAUUUACUCCCCGCCACCCCCAGAUGUAUACAUUUUUCAGGCUCAACCUGUUUGUAAAGAUGCUGCUUUCUAUUUGCAUUUCUUAUGUUUCAAGUUAUCUGUCUGAUCAGUUAUCUAGUUUUUAAACUGGAAGUUGUUGUAAUGGCAGGAUGUUGACUGUUGAUACUUAACUGCCUUCAGCAUAUUUUAAUGUGAACUUACUGAUGAAUGAGGAGAAAAUUUCUAAUAAAGUCUACUGUCCAAAAUGAAA